CGCCUGUCCGGCAACGUCAGCGGCAGCUUCACUCUCAUGCGCGACGAGCGCGGGCUCCCGGCCAUGAACAACCUCUACAGCCCCUACAAGGAGAUGCCUGGCAUGAGCCAAAGCCUGUCCCCGCUGGCUGCCACGCCGCUGGGCAACGGGCUGGGAGGUCUCCACAACGCUCAGCAGAGCCUGCCCAACUACGGUCCUCCGGGCCACGACAAGAUGCUCAGCCCCAACUUCGACGCGCACCACACUGCCAUGCUGACCCGCGGUGAGCAACACCUGUCCCGAGGCUUGGGCACCCCACCUGCAGCCAUGAUGUCGCACCUCAACGGCCUGCACCAUCCAGGCCACACUCAGUCCCACGGGCCAGUGCUGGCGCCCAGCCGCGAGCGGCCGCCUUCGUCUUCGUCGGGCUCACAGGUGGCUACAUCCGGCCAGUUAGAAGAGAUCAACACCAAAGAGGUAGCCCAGCGCAUCACCGCCGAGCUGAAGCGCUACAGCAUUCCACAAGCGAUCUUCGCGCAGAGGGUGCUGUGCCGGUCUCAGGGGACUCUCUCUGACCUGCUCCGGAAUCCAAAACCGUGGAGUAAACUCAAAUCUGGCAGGGAGACCUUCCGCAGGAUGUGGAAGUGGCUGCAGGAGCCUGAGUUCCAGCGCAUGUCCGCCUUACGCCUGGCAGCGUGCAAACGCAAAGAGCAAGAACCAAACAAAGACAGGAACAAUUCCCAGAAGAAAUCCCGCUUGGUGUUCACCGACCUCCAACGCCGAACACUCUUUGCCAUCUUCAAGGAGAACAAACGCCCGUCCAAGGAGAUGCAGAUCACCAUUUCCCAGCAGCUGGGCCUGGAGCUCACAACCGUCAGCAACUUCUUCAUGAACGCCCGGCGCCGCAGCCUGGAGAAGUGGCAAGACGAUCUGAGCACGGGGGGCUCCUCGUCCACCUCCAGCACUUGUACCAAAGCAUGAUGGGAGGACUCUCACUUGGGCACAAGUCACCUCCACACAAGGACAACAGACACCAAAAGAAAACACAAAGGAAAAAUACACCGGAUUCUUAGCUGGGGCCCUUCACUGGUGAUUUGAAAGCACAAUUCUCUUGAAAAGAAACUUCUAUUCUAGCUGUAAUCAUAGGCCAGGUGUUCUUUUCAUUUGUUUGUUUUUAAUGGCUAUAGAUUCCAAGUGCAAGCUGAAAAUUAAUCUCUUUGAACCAGACACUGUUCUCUGAGCAUGCUAAGCAUCCCAGAAACCCAAAUGGGGCCUUCUUGGAGUGAGUUCAUUCCAUUAUGGUGUCAACCAAGUUCAGGAUUGCUUCAAGAGUCAGCAGUCCCACUUCAGGUCCUGUCAACCUCUUGCAGUCAGAGUUCCCACAAGUAACAGUGUGAAUUUGGCCUGUGUAAGGACUCUGAGUUUAGGCUUCCAUGAUGCUACAACAAGAGAAGAAUCCAGCCACAAGAAUGACCUCAUUUGCUUUCCAAGUGCUUAGCCUCAUUAUACCACAGUACACCAAAGUUCACAGCCAUAACACAAAAAAACAUCAGAAUGGUAAUUACUGAGCACAAGUUUUAAAUAUGGAAGUUUAAAAAAAAAUCCAAGGACCUGUUUUUCCAACUCAGGCAUCUUUUCAUUAAAUGGUUUAGGAAGAUUUAAGUUGAUCCAGUUUACAAUUUUUUUUUCUUUUUUUACCUCCUGGAAAUAUCAUGUGGUCUUGGAUCCGUCAAAAACCAAAUCAGUUCACUUGAGCUCAAAGUAUCAAGCACAACGAAGAUAAACAGAAAUAAGGAAGGUUCUGGAACCACUGCAUCUGGAUUUUCAAGACGCCUGUUAUGAAGUCAUUAGGGAAAUCGUUGGGAAUAUGGCUUCAAGCACAUUUUGCAGUUUGCUACAAAUUCUGUUUGUACAUAAUGCAGACGCACACUCAGGAGGCCAAUUUAACUGUUACGGUACAUGGAGCAAAUGCAGCAUUUUAAAAGAUCUAGAUUCUUUUAGAUCAUUAAUAUAUCCUUUUUGGUUUACCAGUCAUCUGGUUCCUCCUAUUGUGCGUUGUGAUUAUCAUGUAACUUAUUCUCACUCUUUUUGAUUUGGGUUAUUCUCUCAUCCAUCCCAUAAGUAAGGAUGUUUUCAGUGUUUUCUAGCAAGGAAAAGAAUCAAUCAAACCACCAUACACGUUACUCAUACGCCAUCUAGUCCUAAAUCUCUUCCAUUGUUGAAUCAUCCUUGCAAAACAGCUGAAUAAAUCUGGAGAAAACACAGCACACCAAAGAAGCAGAAUACUGCAAACCAAAGACAUUUAUUACUUGCCAUUUUCUAGCCUAAAAAUACUGUGAUUACUUUUAGAAAUCAGAAAACCUCUGCAACUCCAAAUGGCAUUCAGCUCUUGCAUUUGGCUCACCAUCGGGCUGAGCAAACCAGCUACGCCAAGGACGUUCGCCACGCCACCCAGGGAGUGGCUUUACCAUGCCAGCCCUGGUUUCUGGCUGUCACCUUCCCAGAGCAAGAGGACAGGGAGAUUGUGAAGGUCACAAUGUGCAUAUUUACCAGUGAAUGGCCCCAGCUGGGCACCGUGGGCGUGUUCAAAGCAAGCCAAACGCUGCAAUGAUUCUUUACAGACACUUGAGACUGACUUUUUUAUGAAUUACUUAAUCGAAACCAAAGAAACUUUUUCUGCACCUACUUCUACAACCAACAACUGUCCCAUUAAAAUAAAUAAAUAAAUCCGUAAAUCAGUGGAAAUCACCACCACCAAGAAGGAAGCACGCCAGAAGAGAAAAUAAAAAUCCAAAAACAGCGAGACACACUGUGUUCAGACAGACCUCUUGGGACAUUAUUUUGGAAGCAGAUUUUAAAGAAAGGGUUGAGACAAGAACAGAAAUAAAGAAGAGCCUCCGUGGCUGCUGCUUCAUUUGCCAACUCACGCGGUAAUCUUAAAGUUGAAGAUUGUCUUUAAUUUGUGCCUAUGCAGUUUUUCAAAAGAACACGGAACAGAGCAACAGAAACCUCAACAGCUACAAUACCAAAGAUGAGGAUUUCUCACAUGUUUUGUUUCAGUUCAUUAUCUCCUCUUGCCUGGCUAAAAUACUAAUAGCGCCAUUGAUCUGUAUAAAGGUAAUCAAUUUUGUUUCUCUGAGCAACAAAAGGAAAGGGUCAUUUAUUUGAUUUUAUUGUUUCCCUUUAAUUUUGUUUUAUGGCUUUUUACCCCACCAUGGAAUCUCUCAAAAGGUUCCACAGAGUCUAAGUUUUAGAUGUUGGGAUACUGAAUGAUUCUUUUCUCUCUGCUCAGCAGUGUGGGGAAUGAUACUGUCACUUGAAUGUUCUUUGCUUAACCCUUAGACUUGGUCCCUUAUAUGUUCAGAGUCUCAUCAUCAGGGGAGGGAAGGGGAGUGAGGGUCAGGGGUAGGGGUCUUGGCAACACAUCCUCUCCCAAGCCACAGAACCAAAGAGUUUAUAGGGGAAUUUACAGCCUCGUCUUCAUGUGAUUGCUACAUCCUAACAGGGCUUCAUUUGGGGUGGGGAGGGGGGAAACAUGUAAAAAUAAUGACCAGUUUCUACUUUUCUAUUAGCUUUUUAAAAAUCAGCUGUGAAAGUUGCAUUUCUAAAGAAAGAUAUAUAUAAUAUAUGAAUACAUAUAUAGAUCAACUUGACAUUGGUGAUAACCCAAAAUUAUUGCUGUCCAAAUUCAUGUCUUGUUUUUGUCAAGUGCUUCAUUGGUCAAGUAUUCAAUGCAGAAUUCUUCUCAUUUCUCAUGUCAUUCCUGAGUUCAUUUGCCACUGCGGAUGAUAUAGGGUAUUAAGAUUUCUAUGAAAAUUUCUGGGAAAGGUUUAAGAUCAAGUUCAAGCAUUUCAACAUUUAACCUGUUGAUAAAUGGACCCAUGGUGUAAAUGAGUUUUAUCUGUAUUUGGAGUCAUCUCUAUGCUAUACCUCAACCAUGGUCAAGGUGGUGAGGAAGGUACAUCCGUCAGACCCAGCCCAGAAUGGUGGGCUCAUCUUCUGUAACUCCUGGGAAGGCUCAGUGGUCAUUUCCACCAGUAAGGGGACAUGAGGCCAGCUCAGAAAUCUGUUCUCCAGGAGCUGCCCUGUCCAUGAAGGUAUUUCAGGUCCCACUCAGUGAAUAGAUCCACCAGUGGACAUCUUGUAAGGGAAGUCCAGCUCCUGUUGCAAUGGGUUGAUCAGGUUUCCUCAGGAUAGUAAUUACCAAUUUGUAUUGCCAAGCCUACAUACAACCACAGCAGGCACUGGGGCGGGGCAGUGGUGGUGAUGUUGGGGACCUUGAUCUUGGACAGAAAAUAUAAAGCAGGUUUGUGGGAGAGCCCUAGAGUCUUGCCCCUGGAGAGCUCCAUGUGUGCCACCUCCCCGUUCUUAGGAUGCAAGUCUCCCUUUGCAGCAUGGAGCUGUGAGAGAACACAGCCCUUCUUGAUUUUCUUAAUUCUUUGGGGGUUUAUUCCUAGACUCUUCCUACAUGUCCAUUUGUCCCUUGCUCAUGAUUCUUUCUCUAAGGACUAAGGAAUGUAGGGGAUUGUUCCCAUAUGAGUUGACAAAGAUGAAUUUCAACCUGGGUAUUUCUAAAUGAGUCUUUGUGACUUCUGACCAAUAAAACUAGUUGUUUUUCUCGAGGUUAGGUUGAGGAACUGAGCCUGCUUAGUGUGGUUACUGAUUCUUUGACACACAAAUCUCAGUAUUUGGGUCUUUGGCAUUCUCUGAAGAUGUCUAGACCAAAGGAGGCUGCUUUUGUGGCCUGCAUUUCAACACUGGUCAAACCAGCUGGUCCUCUAGUGACCAGAGGAAGAUGUCAUAAUAUUGAAAAAGGCAAAAAUUUCCCUCCAAGGACUUUUAGUAAAUGUCUCAUAUAAGAUAAUGUUAUGCUAAAGGAAAGUGCUUGCUUUAAAAUAUAUAUAUAUAUAUAUUUACAUACAUACAUAAAUACAUAUGUGUAACUAUACAUUUAUGUAUCAAAAUUUUAAGCCCUACUGAAUUUCAAUGUAUUAGAAAUCUGAAAGUAAAAGCUUGCUAUAUUGAAAGGUAAUAGAAUUUAACCCAGUGAGUUUUCUCAAGAAUUUUUAAAGUUAUUAUAAGUUAAUACUCUCAGAGAAAAUAGCAAUUUGAACUUGGUUAUAGUUUAAGAUCCAUUUUCUCAGUCCGAGAGAAAUUCCAGGCAUGCCUCAGCCAUCAGCAACAAAAAGGACAGUGUGAAGGAACAGUUAUCAAUGAGAUUUCACUUUCUGGAGGCAACUGAAAUUAAAUGGUCACGGCUAUGGGGUAGAAAUAUAUUUUUCUUUAUUCCUUUCCAUAAAUAGAUUCACUUUAUUUAUUUAUUUUUUUAAAUGUGAUUUUCGUGCUGGGGACAUACUUCUUUCAUUCCAGGAAAUGAAAAAUAAAAGGCAAUUCAGUUUUCUUUUUAAAAAGAAAACAUUAGCAACCAUAAAAACUCAACACCAAUAUUUAAAAGCUCUUCCAAAGUGUUAAUGAGUGUUUGGGUUGUAUCACGUAAAGGUCCAGGCUUGACUGAGUUAGAGGACUCCACUUGAUCUGGAGGAACCACAGUUGUCUCUUAGCUCCUUUCUUCCCACAGCUCUUUGUAAUUGUGAGCUUAGGAAAUCCAAACUAAUUUUCAUUACGAGCUAAAGUGAAAUUAUAAUUAGGAAGGUAAAUCUGAUAGCCAUGUAGGCACACACACAUGUGCAUUUCUUAAGUCAAAUGAUACAUUUCAAAGCCAAAUAUAAGUUUUUUAAAUUAUCAACCAGUUUACCUUGCUAUGCUGGGCAUUAACCUAUUAGUGUCAAUUAAUUAAAUAUAAACAUUUUGUUUAUUUAUUUAUUUUUUAAAUCACUAGUACAAGGAGAAACUUUCCUGCUUUUGAAAAUGGAGGUAGAAUUAUAGAACUGGUUUGAUGAUCGUUACCAAAGUGUUAUGACAGUAUGUCUUUGUAGUGAACUCAGAUUUUCAGGAUGUUGUAGAGUGAAAUUUUUUAAAAUCUAAAAACGGGCUGGGUUUCAGUAUUGUGAAAUAAUGCACCCUAUUAAAAACUGGAGAGAAAGAGAUGAGAUACGAGAGCAAGGUUGACCACAAGGCCCAGACCAAGUACUUGGAUGAUAACUCUUCCGUUUGAAAUAGAUCAGAGCUGCCUUUUUGUUGUUGCUGCUGAUGCUGUGUGAUUCAGACUUGGUAGCUAAACCAGGAAGAGUGGGUAGGUAAUGGGAGAGGAAGAAAGAAGAAGGGAUGGAGCUGGUCUACUUCUAGCUUUCUAAUACAUAUCUGCAAAACUGGAUAGCUUAAUAAUUUUGUACCUUUAGCUAAGACGAAGUCACCACUGGAACAACAGGAGGUGCUAAUUUUGAAAUCAGACCACAGAAAGUCCUUACUAAAGGAAGAAUGGAACCCCAGCGUGUUGUACGAUGUCAUAAGAUAAUGUUGUCUUUACAUAUGGAUGUCCCAGUGUCUAUUUUCUAUCAAUGAUUUGUUUCUUUCCAAGGUAGGGAAUGUGGAGAGGGUUUGUUUUAUAAAGCCCCAGAAAACUUUAUAAAAUACAAAAUACUUAUUAAAAUAAUAUAGGAUCUCAUAUAGGUAGAAUACAAAACAUAAUUGAGGCUGAUGGGCUAUUGUGUGAUGUUAAAGACUCAUUGUCUCAGAUACCAAAAUGAUUCUGGCAGUCUGAGGUAAGUUAAAACUAGAGCCCAGGCUUUCCCUAUAGAUUUUUGAGCUUGGUUGAUUGAAAUUAACCAGCUAAAACCUUUUUAGUAGGGAAAAUGUGUAUAAAAAACCCAUUGCUACAGGUUUGUUCAUUCCAUGGAAGUCUUCCACUCUACUCCAUUUUAGCAACUAGCUUUUCUCAUAGCAUAAACUUUAGUAGAUAAGUCUGCCUAAGGCUUACACGGUCUGUUUGCUUGGAUGUAUGCAGAUUUAGAUACAUAUUUUGACAUGUAUUCUCAUAGAUAUAACAUACAUUACCUAUACGUGUCUAGACUGUGUACACAUGUAUACAUAUGUCUAGUACACACAUACUGUAAUCUGUUACAAUAAAUAAAUUUUAAAUCAUCGUUUAACAUGUAUGUGGUACUUCUACAAUGUACAUUGUUUUCAUUAUUUAUUGUAACACUGAAAACCAAAGUGCAGAAAAAAAAAAUUUUUUUCCAGCAUUUUCAUUGUGUAAGCUUGGAAUUAUGUUCAUUUGGGCACACCCAAGAUAAACUCAACUUUCAGAAAUCAUGGAUAUUCUUUAAUCAUCUGUUAGAAUGACACCUAUGCUUGAUAACUUCGGUUGAAUAGCUUUAAUCUGGAUCUCUCAUAACUAAAGCUAAAUCCAAAGACCUGAAAAAGGAUUUUUUAAAAAUUUUUAAAAAAAGAAAAAAAGAAAAAGAAAGGAAAAUAGCAAAGUCAAGUGCAAACCAAUGGGAUGAAUGAAAGUGGGCUCUGGUUUUUCAGGGUUGGGAUGAUGGUGACAAGGUCCUGCAGAGGCUGUGCUAGCUAGGGGGAGUGGUGAUUUUUUUUCAUGCUUGUCUCAUUUAAAUGAUCUUUAACACAAGAAAGCUUUAGAAGUUAUUGUUUCCUUGUUUAUUUUUAUUGAGACUAUUGAAAAAGGUUAUACAGUUUGUCAUUCGAAAAAUGAAGACCCCCCCUCCAGACAAAAUUUUUUUUUAAAUCAUAUCUCUUCGGGUUAUGACCCAACAAGUUAAGUACCCUUCAUGUAAUUAAUUUAUAUACAUUAGUUUCUAGUAUGCAAGUGUAUAGGAUUUGGGUAAUUAUUUAAUUAAUCUUCUUUAGUUUGACUUUACUCCUAGUACUUAUUUAUCAAAAUUUAGACCAAUGGUGCAUCAGAGAUGCAAAAUCCUAUUUAGAAUACUCUCGAAGUUUAGUUUGCUUUAUGAAGCAGUGAAAUUCUGUUACAGACAGGGAAGAAAUACAAGUUACAAAGAAAAAUAAUUCGGGGUAUUUUUCCUUCUUGAAUUAACUUCUUAAAUAGUUUAAGUAACAAUUAUUAAAUUAUUUAAUUUAAGUUCGCAGCCCCACCUGGUACCAGGCGAACUUCACCUCUUAAUUAUUGGGGCCCUCAGAGCCUUCCUAUUGUAACUUAUUUAUUUAACUUAUUCAGCAUCUGUGAAAGGUGCACUGUAUAGUUUAUAUUUUUUAUUUAAAACAACAGUGUGUUUGCUGUCAGAACAACAGAGCAAAUUUUGUGGACAAGCAAUGACUGUUCAACCUGAACCUGUGCAUUCAGAAAAUGUAAGCUGAGACCUGCUUCACCAGCCUGGAUUCGGGGCUUCUAUACAGAAACUGGAAAAAUAAAUAAAUAAUAAAAAGCAUAAGCAAAAAGAGAGAAACCCUUACACUAGCUGCUUCCAAGAAUGAACUGUGUGUGUGUGUAAAGCAACAAAACAAAAAAGGAAAAAAAAAAAAGCAGAAAAAAGAAAAAAAGGAAAAACUUUCUAUUUCUAGUGAGAACCAAAGAAGGCUACCUCACUGACUUUUUCCAUUUGUAAUUUUAAUCGUGUUGAUGACACCAAAGAUACCAAAGAUUUCUUUCUCUGUGCGGUCUGCAUUUUGCUCGUGCUCUUUUAUAAUUUGAACUAUUCUCUCUGACAUGGUAUGUACAGCCACAGCUCAGAUACCCCAAAGAAAUAAUUAUCUAUGCGACGGUGGCUGCUAAUUUGGAAAGGGAUAUUUUCUGUGUUUCUUUCACUUGUUUGUUGUCCCCUUAACAUGUUCAGGAUUCAAGUUUGGAUGCUGCUCGAAUUGGAUUCCUUCAAUUCUGAUUCCAAAUUGGGGAAGAAGACUGGUUGGAUGGGUCUUCAGUCCUAGCCAUGACCUCUGUCCCUGCUUUGGAGCUAUCACCAUAAAGAUUUCCAAAUACAGGACCAUAGAAACACUAGCCAUUGAAUAGUAGAGCUUGAAGGAAACUUAGGAAUCAUUUGGUCCUAUCCUCGAGGCCUGGAGGAGUGAAAUAGUUAUGCAAGUUAAAUACCUGUCUAGAAACAAAACCCACACACGUCCCCUGGCUCCUGACCCUGAGUUCUGCCCCUGAGCUUUGCCCCUGAGCUCUGCCCCUGUGCAGUGCCAUCUCUGUAGGGGUUGGUCACACACUGAAAAUGAGCGGGGACUGGGGCUUACCACUUAUAUUUUCAUCCUAUAAAAAUAAUCACAGGCAUUUUCAGUGCCUAUCUAGAUGGUAUCUCAACACAGUAGUCACAAAUGAUGAGUUGCUUUUAAUAGAGGUGACCAGCCUUGAAAUAGUAGGACUCAAACAGGGGGUUUUGCCCUGGGAGGUACAUAUUGAUCCAAACAGAGUGAUUGCCUUUGCUCCUCCCCAUUAUCAAGGGUUGUAUAAAUAAGCCUUUAAUUCAGUGGGAGGAGAAAGUUCAUUCUUGGCCUGUUGAGUCUAAUUAUUAUGGAUAUUUUAAAGUCAGUAUGUGUCAAGAAAGGGAAUUUGAUCCUAUGCCAUUAAGCUGUUCAGUUUUUUCCUUUUCACUUACAAGUGUUUACAUUUCAUUUCUAACCCAGCUUUAUAUUUAUGAGAGAUGUUUAUGCCUUACCUCAUUUGAUGGGAGAGGAUUAUUCAUUAUAAAUAAAAAAUGACCCCAAAAUUUCAGAAGAAGGGGUAUGCCAGUUUAAGAAUGGUUACUUAAAAUUGAUUGCUUCUUUCCUUCUUACUCAUGAAAUUAAUUUGUCUUCUUUAAGCUUAUUUUGAUUCCAUUAAAUGAUUAAAUCACCGUUAAUAUUCAUUCCUCAAAGUGAUUUAAACAUUAGCCAAUGAACCUUUCUCAGCUUUUGACCAAAUGGGUUUUAGAUACAUACAACAAUCCACUUCUAGUCCAGAUAGCUCCUUAUUGAGCAGUUUACUAAUCUAGUUCUCUUUGAGCUUUUCUAAGAGGCUGUUUAGACCAAGAUGAUAAGAAAGGAAAAGGCCAGUCAACCCAGUUCUGUGCAACAACAGAGCACAGCUAGCACAGGAAUUUAGCAGACAGCCCGACACACUGUAGGAAAGUUUCCAAACACCAUCCUGACACAUGCAAAAGUUCAUGCCUGUCCAAACAAGCUCAAAGUUCACUCUUUUCUCCCUAUACAAGGCAAACCUGCAAGGCCUUCUUCCAACCAGCAAAUUGCUUUGUUUUUUUCUCCCCAAAUUCCUAUGAGAAAUAGAAUUCUCAGAACACCUGGGAGACACAACAAAGAUGAUCUAAUUCACCGAGCAGAGCAGCGAUGUGCUCCCCUCUAAGCAAACCUCCCCUUCCCUGGCCUUCCUUCCCCAAGUCCUCUACAAGAGAAAGCCUAGAUGGCAGCUGAACACAGAAAACAUCCCAACUGGCAGCCCCUUCCUCCGCAAUCCCCUCAGCCUCAUGCUUCACUUGCAAAGUGUGACAUAACCACGGGACGAGUGCCUUGCUUGAACCAAAGCAACGAUUUAGCCAGUCUGGACCUCUCUGUGCUUUGUUUAAUCCUUCCUGUGAAUACCUCAGCUUCAACUGGGCCUCCAUACAGUCAAUUGGUGGGCUUAUUGUACUGUGGUGCUUUGCAAUGCAACCCUGCAAAGAACAAGAUUUGUACUAAUACCAAAGGUUCUUUCUCUAUGUCUCCUUCUGCCUCCCUCAUUCUUCCCCCUUUUCUAGUUCUUCACGGUUCCAAAGCUUUAAUAUGAACCUGGGCAUGUUGGCAAUGCAGACCGCGCAAUUCCUUACCGAAUUUUCUCAGAUAUACCUCAUAGAUAAUAGUGUUUAGAGUAAUGUUAUUAUAGCGUAUGUAAUAAAUUAUUCACUGUUUCUUUUGGUAACUGUGACUUAAAAAAAAGAAAAAAAGAAAAAAAAGCUUUAUACGUUUUAGGUUGUGCUUUUGUAAUAGACGAAAAGGUGCGCUUAAAAAAAUGUAUGUUCUUUUUUUUUCCCCUUUGGAUUUUAUUUAUUCUGGAUUGGGGAAAGUUGCAGAAUGAGCCCAAAGUUUACAGUUUCAUAUUUUGCUGAAGAAACAAUCUGUGUUCAUUUGCUCUGUUUAAAAAAAUAAUUAUUUUCUACAUUCGUGCUACUUGGUCUGAACAAUUAAUUGUUCUGUGUUAACAGUGUAGUAUUAUAAUUAGCAACUGCCAAUCAGUGCUCUAAUUUUAUGCAUGAGGCUAAAACUUUAGCAGUGUGAUGCAUUGUGGUUCUUAAUAGCAACAUUUUUCAUUUUGAACUAGAUCUUCCCCAUUGGUUCAAUGGACUUUAUUUAUGCAUGGGCGCCUAUCGUUUGUUAGCAGUUGUGGAACAGUUGUGUAUACAUUAAACUGUGAAAAUGUACACAGUUCAGCCUCAGACAGUGGUAAUAUUGGUUUUAUUGGAAGAUGUCUGUCUCACCUCAAAAAUACCUUUAUAUUGGAAUUUCAAAAUGAGUCAGAUUGAAUUGGGUUCAAAUUUUGUGAUGAGAAAGGUCAUUCCAAGUUUGAGUUAGCCAACUUGCAUUCCACAAACUGGGAUCCUCAUAACCCAGAUAUAUCACCGUAUCCAAGAAGGGUUUGAAAAUGAGCAUUGAAAAACACCUCACCUUUGUAUCUGAAUUCCCACUCACAGAAGUUAUUUUGGCUUUAUGUUUAUGACCUCAGAUCUAACUGGCCAUGUUUAUGGAGAUGCUAAUUCAUGUGUUCCGGCCUUCUUGGAUCUCUGCUUGGGAAUGGCUAUGUUCGACUGUGUGUGGUUUCUCUGAGUAUUUUUAUUAUCAGGUCAGUUCCCAGUAGAAACUCAAAUGGCAUCAGUAUCGAUAAUUCUUCUCUUGCUUUUUGGUCCACUCUCCUGGACAUCUCCACCAACUAUUCCAAAGAUUCAGGCACAUGUGGCUGUGCUCCAAAACUUCACCUGUGCAGCUCUUUCAUGGUUCUUCCUCCCUGAAGUCAGAGUUGACUCUUAACUUUUUACCUACCCCACAAUGUCACGUAUGUCUUCUAAAGGGAAGUAAAAAAGAAGUUUUGAAAUGCAGUUAAGGAAAAGCUUCUUGCUAUAAAUCACCCGAUUAUCUGAGGUCUCUAUAUCUCAAAACAUGUUUUUCAGUUACAGAGGAUUGGGCAAACUUGUUCAUUCUUACAUUUGGAUUCUGAGACCCAUUCUCAAGUUUCAUACCUAUUUCCCAGUCAGUAUGCUUGACAUAAAGCCAAAUCCACUGCCAAGCACACUUGAUUUUGCAUAAGAGAGUGCAGCUUAGGAAACAAUGGUGGAAAAACAGCAUCUGCCUACUUUUGGAAAUCACCAACAGUAGAGCAUUCAUGUUAUCUGUCAAUGAGAAUCUAUUGGGAAUAAGCUUUCAUUAACAAUACAAAGAAACAUAUUUUUAUUUGGCAUUAUAAAGUAGAUUGUGAUAAUGAAAGCUUUGUAAUAUAGUCUUAUUUUUCCCUGUGUUAAUCUGCCAAAGAUGGGAAUGGAUACAAGAAUUUUUAAAUUGGCUUUUGUAAGACAGUUGAUGAUUGUAAUAGUGUUUAAUCUUCCAGAAAGCUUUAUAUGUUCUUCUGCAAUAAAAUCGAUAUUUGUUUCAGUAAAGUUUUCCUCACACUCACGAACCUACAAACCUCUACUCUUGAUGCAGAUAUUGUAGUGUCUACAAAGUUCAAAUGUAUUUUCGAUCCAAAGAAAACAGAGGGGUGUCAGACAUGAGCAUGCGCAGCCCUUGUUAUUAUAGGCAAUGCAUGGGUCUGGCUCACUAGGGUUUGUCAAGAUUUAUUUGAUGAAAGUCAAGCUAUGUUUUGUUAUGCCAUUUUAUGUCUUUUUUUUUCAACUUUGUGGAAAGUGAUAUGUUGAAUCAAGUGUAAGCUGAGUUUUCCACACAACUGAAGUAGCUACAUCGUGAAUGUAUUUUGUUAUUAAAGGGUUUUUACUCAAUGUGUUGUGCCAGUGGAUGUCCUUUUCCUCGGAGACACAGAACUAUGGUGUUACCUCAGCUUGACCUGGGUUUCUCUCCUGCCAUCAUGGGGGAAUGUUGGCCUGGCCAGGCCUGCGGAAGGAGGGGUCAUGCACUAGAAGGUAGGUGGAGAUUAGGAAGAACUCUUCGUAUCUGUUAGCUUUAAGGAGAGCUGGGCCAAAACUCUCUAUCCUCACUCUCUCUGGACUCCAACAGUUCUCUGAGAUCCCUUGAUCUUGAGCACAUGCUGGCAUAAAGACAGACCACAACUCACAGAAAAGGCCAGGAAGAGAAAAAUAGCAACCUUGAAUCUUCUGUAACCCAUCAGGUAUUCACCUUUCCCCAGGCUGGGCUUUGCCUAAGCAAGGCUAUUGUGACUCAUAUCUUGUAGUCGGCUUUACCUGGACUUUCACUGAGGCAUCUUCCUCCAUCCUGACUGUUGCAAAGGGCCCCUCAAUCCAAACCAGAAGCCCCUUGCCACCCAUCCCAUUUAGCUAUUUUCCCUCUGACUUUGGAAGAUGAUUCUUUGAAGAAUAAAGAAAGAUAUGGGAUGGAGUCUGCAUUGCUUCGUUCCCAAGUUGUAUUUUAGCUAGCCCCAAUUCUUUGAUCCAGAAAAAUACAAGAGGAAAUAGGAGACCCCACUAUCUUUCUGUGCCUUGUUCCAUCUCACGGGGCCAAGCCCAUUGCCCAUGCUUCCUUGGGGGACAGACCAAACUGAGAACCUGGCCUAUCAAUGCCUACUUUAUUUCUGUUUGAAAGUCCUGUUCAAAAACUUGCAUAAUUUGGAGAUUUUCCCCAUAUUCCUUAGUAUGGCUCAGUUUGCCAUUUGACUUACAGUCUAGGAGAGCUUUUUUUCAGAUUAUGACAAGGAACCUCCUACUUGGGAAGAAAGGUUAAGUAUCCAAAGACUAUUCAGCUAUUGGGUUGGGAGUCAUACCAUUAGCAGAUACUGCCUUGAAUGUAGAAUAUUAUUUUCUUUCUUUACUAUGAUGUUUAAUAUUAACAAAACCAAAUGGUGCCACCAAACUUCUUAUCAUAAAAGGUGGUAAAAUACCUACCCUAUUGAAAUUUCUGAACCAGGAACACAAGUUUCCCACAGACAAAUAAAGAAGUUGGGAGGCAUAGACUGAGGUGGUACAAGCAUAAUUGUGGUGUUUGUUUUUCUUUUCAUCCAUAUAUUCAAUUGCCAAAUCUUUUUCUCUCAAUCUAAGAGCAGUUCAGUCUUUCCUCUCCAGGUCUGGGAUGCCAAAGAAUUUUAUAAACAAAGGUAAUUCAGGAUUAACCAAUAUUUCAGUUAGUUCUCUUUUUCAGUUUUUGCUUUUCUCAAAGAAGGUGUUUGACAAGGGUACACAGGAAGAACCCAGACAAUAUUUUUCAUCCUUCUUCCUAUUCAAAUAUUUCCACCCAUAUUAAUACUUAACUAACACAAACACUGUAGAUUCGUUCUUGGUCAGUGAAUCCUCCCACCAAAGUGAGUGAAAGCAAGUUCCAAUGUCCUUUCUUUCAUCCCUUUGUGAUAUCAGGAUCCAAAUCAGUCUUGGCUAUUUUCUCAUGGUGGGCCCUGGCCUCAGAUGCAUUUCUUUUUGGUAUUUAAAAACACCUUUCAAUUUCACAUGCUGGCCUGCACAACUUGAAUUCUUUCUUCUAACCUGUUUGUUGAGUUAGGGUAUUUAGAAGUGACUAUAAUGAGUGAAGGGUAGAGAAGGUUAAAAAGAGAAAAAUUGGCCCCAGCUCUGUUUAAAGUUUUAAAAUGGAGGAGAACCAUUAGACCAUAGGAACAAGGCAGAAGAAUGUGAGCCUCCCUGUGAAACACCGUGUUCUGCCACUUGCCUUCUGGUUGGCUAUUUCAGAACACACCCCUCUAGUAGAAAUGCAAUAGGUUCCAUCCAGAUUCCAAGAGGACAAGAGCUCAGAGAGUGGCAGGUGCGCCUCUUGUUCUGUUUCCUUUUACAGAUAGUAUCUCCAAUGACUUUGACAUCACCGCUCAUGUUUAAAAUCAGGAAAACGCACCCUUAAGAUGUGCGCUCCUUUUUGUCUUGAAAAGAACACCCACACAUGAAUCCACAUUCUGACUUUCUUUUCACCCUGAGUUCUAUUUCCAAAACAUAUUAGAACCCAGAUUUUGCCCCUUCUUUGACUUAUUGAGUCAGACUGUGCUGAAAGAUUUUCCAGGGGUGGUCAACAGGGUAUAAAUGGUUGAUGGCUGCCCUAAAAUCCUGGCGGGGAUGAGGAUCACACUUCAUUAUCGAGGAGAUGCUCACCCCUUGAUAAGCUCCCAGUUCUUUGGAAGAUUUCUUUGAAUGUUAAUUGCAUUUUCAGUUUUGCUCAUUUCCCACCCCGAUGUUUUGUCUGUGGCAUUGCUUACACUGGAUUCUUUCUAUUUUUAUUCCUAUCAUUAAAUGGUAGUGCUGUAAAUUCUGCAAUUAAUGUCAAAUAAACUGCUUUAAUUCAUUGA